CGUAGAAGUGAUUAGCCAGUUGCUUCUUCCGCCUUUACAACAGAUGACUUCGUAUGCACUCGUCUCAUUCUCUCAAUAGUCAAACAUGUGAAUUACAUAUAUGUGUGUAUGUGUUUCAGUAGUCAUGGUGAUGAAUCACCUCAGACCAAGAACAAAAGAGAGGCAAUGGCAUCGUGUUUGGCCAUUUUUCUACAAGAUGUUGGUGUAAAACUGAAGCUGAAAUCUGAUGCGAAUCGGUUGGCCAGUUUUACCAAUACAGUGAAACUUACGACCAAGAGCAGUGGCUUAUUCAAGAACAAGAAGGUACAUGUAAUAAGUGGCCACGAAUUUGUUGCAAAUCACUACCAUUACCCAACAUUUUGUGAUCAUUGUGAUGGCCUUUUAUGGGGGUUCGGUUUCCAAGGCUACCAGUGCCAAGUGUGUGGGUUCAACGUCCACAAGCAAAGCUGCAACACAAAUCUUCAAGAAAUGUGUGCAGGCCCUGGACGGAAGUCUCCCGUUGUGAGGCUUGGAUCGUUAUGGGUUGAUCUGAACAAACGGAAGAGAAAGAACUCGAAACGCAGCAAAAGUCAACCAUCUGCCUCAGACUAUUCUCACGGUGCUGAUGGAUUGACGAGAUUGGAUUCAUUUAAUCCUAGUUUUCUUAGAGCUGGUUCCCAGAGUUCCCAAAGAAGUGGCCGAGUGACAAGUCUUGUGAAGUCGUACGAACAAAAGAAUGCAACGUCCAUACCAACAGUUCAUCUUUCUGCUCACGAGGGAGGUGCUAUUAUGCCCGUUGCUGAAGAGGACAUGGAAAUGAUGAUUAGAAGAAGUCGUGGAAGUUCUGUAAGUGUAUUCUUUGGUGACAAAGCUCACAAGGAAAGAAAAGGACAGCUCGGUCGCUCAAGAAGUCUCAAACUUCUUGAAUCUGAAAAGAGCCGACUGCUGUCACAACAAUUUACAAGGUAGUCAGGUGUUAGAAAAUACUGGUUGUAUGUGGUACUUAUACAAGUGAA